CAACCAGGCUAUUGACACGACAUCCGGAGCUGUCAAAGUUGUUCAAGAAGUUUAUGACAUUACGUGACGAUGGGAAGUACGACUGGGACUUGGAUGGCCUGCAACGACACGCCAACCUCGUCAUGCAGGGCUUGGAGGCGGCCAUCGAUAACCUGGAUGACAGUCGCGUACUCUCUCUUAUACUCAACGAUUUGGGCCGAAAACACGCCAGAUAUCAGGUCCAGGAAGACAUGUUUGAUAAACUGUGGGAUUCCCUGCGCUUCGGUCUCAAGCAAUCACUCGGAGAACACAUGAAUCGCGAGUUGUCUGACGCCUGGUUUGCUGUCUUCAAGUUUAUAUCGCGACAAAUCAUUGCAGGUAUGCGACAGCAAAGAUCGGUCACAAAUAGUACCUGACUCAUUAUUUUCUACUUGGAAUAUUCCGUAUCGUUUGUGUAUAUAUACAUAUUAAUAUAUUUGUAGACAUUGUAUCGAUCAGUGCAUAUAAUUCACAACACAAUUAUACACACCUUGUUAUACACCGUAUGUCUAUUGACAAAACAGUCAAACUAAAUGUGAA